AUGUCAUCAAACUUGCGGCUCACCUAUACAGGUGGAUUGCUACUCAAGGAUCUUUGGACAUCAUCAUCGACAAAGACGAAGCGUAGUAAUCCAAGAAAGAUUUCAUUCAAACCUGAUGAUCAAGACACAACUUCAUCAUCAUCAACAUCAUCAACAUCAACGACAUCAACAACAACAACAGACACCAAUGUAUCAAAGAACGCGAGAAUCACAUUCAACAGGGAUCAAACAACUGAUCAAUCCUUCACAGUGACCGACAAGAAGGACAAUACAUCACCACGAACAAACAACAACAAUAACAUCAAUAACAACAAUAACAACAAUAAUAGUAUAACAGAAUCAGUUAGCAACCCAAAUAAGAUUAUAUUCACACAACAGAAGGAACAGCAACAGAAACAGAUACCUCUGGCAGUGAUGCCAGAGAGUGUGUUUAAUGACGACGACUUCACACCUGAGGAGAAGGAGUAUGCUAGGAUGCUGCCGGCUUCAUCGUCGCCACUGUCCGAUCCCACAAUGAGUGCUGCCUACGACUCGAUGUUUGCACACAAGCGAUUCCCCAUCACUGGCAAGGGCAAGCAGCACCUCUACGAGAUGAGCACAGACCGCAUCACACCCGACGUCUACUUUUCCAACAAGCAGCUGACCCUACAGAACGUGCUCAAGUACAUGAGCAGGAUGGGACUACUUGGACACGCCGACAUUGUCAUGGAUUGUUUGAAAUACCUUGAUGAGAAGAACUUGGAGAUUGAUCCUGCUAUAUACUCAUUGGUACUGAGGGCACUUGGAAUCGCUGGUGAUGUUGAUGGUGCAUUGGCAGUGUUUGAGCGAUUGCUUACCGAGAAGGUCAAGCCAACAGUGCACAUGUUUGAUGGUGUUCUUAACGCUCACCUGAACGCCGCCAAGGUUGACGACGCAUUCAAGAUCCUUCAAUCUAUGGAGGACAAAUACAAUCUGGUUCCAGAUCAUGUUAACUACACUACAAUGAUCAAAGGAUUGGCAAAGAAUGGUCAGAUUGACACAGCGAUUGAGUUGUUCUCGGAUGCAAAGGUGAAGGGAAUGGAUCCAGACAGUAUCACUUUGACCGCAAUGAUUGAUGUCUGUGCCAAGGAUGACCGAGUGGAGAAGGCAUUCAACUACUUUGAUGAGUUUAAAUAUCUGAACCUGCCACCAACCGAGGUGACCUUCAACUCAUUGAUCAAUGCAUGUGCCAAGAGAUCCGAUAACUACUACUACUUAAAGGCAUUUGAAAUGUUCCAACAAAUGUCCAUGUUCAACUACCAACCGGAUAUCAUUACAUACACAUCAUUGAUGAGAGCUGCCUCGGUAAGAGGUGAGAUUAGCGUCGUGGAGAAGUUAUACGCAGAUAUAUUGGAGCGAAAGGAUCUGUUCCCCAAGAAGCCAGACGAUCGUGUCUUCUCUCUGAUGAUUGGAACAUACGCAAAGAACCAGAUCGAUGCCGCCAAGACCAAGUACAAGGCCAAUAUGAAGCCCAACUUGGAGCGAGUCGAUCAGAUCCUGGCCGACAUGGAGCGUCUGGAGGUGCCCAUGACCAAGUACCCACUUGAUCAAUACCUAAAGGCGUAUGCCUACUCCAACAAGGUCAACACAUGCGAGAAGUUCUUUGAGGAGAAGUACAAGCAGUAUGGCGUUGUUCCAGACGUUGUCUCCUACAGCAUCAUGAUCAGUCUCUAUUGCAACACCCGACGCUUUGAAAAGGCCCAGAAGCUAUUCCAACAGAUGAGGGAGCAAGGUAUUCAGCCAGACUACAAGUUAUAUAAGAUUAUGAUGUAUGGAACAACAAAGGUUGGCUACGCCAACACAUGUUUGAAGUUGGCAAAGGAGAUGGUGGAGCGAGGGUUCCCACCCGAGUCCAAAGACAUGGAGAACAUAUACAAGCGCUACAGAGAAUAUCCAGAGAUUAUCAAUCAACUGAAGGAAAUGACUGUGUCAUCAGAGGCUAAACCGAGUUACCGAUCAAAAAUGUUCGCAAGAUCAAUUGCUAGACUCGCUGUCAACCCAUUGAGGACUUAUGGAGGCCUCAGAAUGUACAGCUCCAAGACCUACUUCACCAAGACCCACGAGUGGAUCAAUGUUAGUGGCACCACUGGAACUGUUGGCAUCACAGAUAGCGCUCAGAACCAGCUGGGUGACAUCGUCUUCUUGGAGUUGCCAGCCGUUGGAACCGUCGUCAGUGCUGCUUCAUCUUUCGGAGUCAUCGAGAGUACCAAAGCCGCUUCAGAUAUAUACAGCCCAGUCUCUGGUGAGGUCAUCGAGGUCAACGACCAGGCCUCUGCUGAGCCAAGUCUCAUCAACAAGAGUGCAGAGAAGGAUGGAUGGAUGAUCAAGCUCAGAAUCUCUGACAAGAGUGAGUUGGACAAGCUCUUCGACCAGGAGCCACAAUAA